AGAGAGAGAGUUCUUCUCUAUUAGUUUAUUAUUCCUCACGCUCUCCUCUUGCUGCUGCUGCUGCUUUUGUGUUUUGUUCAACCCGACGUUCACUCAGUGCUGUCCUUAAAGCAAACUUCGGCGUUGUUGGUUCAAAUUAAGCUUCUCAACACCUCAAGCAAUCAUGAGCGAUCCUAUAAAAGUACUGGUUACAGGAGCAGCCGGGCAGAUUGCCUAUUCUCUCCUCUUCAAUGUAGCAAAGGGAAACAUCUUUGGUCCAGACACGCCUAUCUCAUUGGUACUCUUGGAUAUUCAACCAAUGAUGCCAGUUCUGGAAGGAGUUGUCAUGGAACUAAAAGAUUGUGCUCUCCCACUGCUGAAGGAAAUAACAUCAACUGCUGAUACUGAUGUUGGUUUUAAGGACAUUGAUGUGGCUCUUCUUGUUGGUGCCAUGCCACGUAGAGAAGGAAUGGAAAGGAAAGAUCUCUUGGCUUCCAAUGUGAAAAUUUUCAAGAGUCAAGGGCAGGCUCUAGAUAAAUAUGCCAAAAAGAGCGUCAAGGUGGUCGUGGUUGGAAACCCUGCCAAUACAAAUGCUUUAAUAUGCAUGAAAUAUGCUCCAUCUAUUCCACCACAAAAUUUCUCAGCAUUGACUCGACUUGACCAAAAUCGGGCUCAAUAUCAAAUUGCUAACAAAUGUGGUGUCUCUGCCCAUGAUGUCCACAACGUGAUUAUCUGGGGGAACCAUUCCUCUACCCAAUACCCAGACAUUUCCCACGCAACUGUAAAAUUAUCAUCUGGGACAAAGUCAGUUAAAGAUGCUGUUAAGGAUGAUAAAUAUUUGAAGAAUGAUUUCUUAAAGUGUGUUCAAGAGCGUGGAGCUGCAGUUAUUAAAGCCAGAAAAUUGUCGAGUGCAAUGUCUGCUGCUAAAGCUAUUUGUGAUCAUGUCCAUGAUUGGUGGCAUGGAGUGCCAAAGGGUAAUUAUGUAUCAAUGGCUGUUUGUUCAGAUGGUUCCUAUGGUAUUGAAAAGGGUCUCAUGUUCAGUUUUCCGGUGACUACCCAUUCUGAUCAUACUUAUGAAAUUGUCAAAGACUUGGCUAUUGAUGACUUUUCCAGAUCUAAACUGGAUAUAACUCUCAAAGAACUUCUCGAUGAAAGAGAUCUUGCUUUGAGUGUUUGUGAAUGACUGUUUGAUCCUAAAUUGUAACCUUGCCUUAGACAAAUAUCUUGUGAAAAAUAUGAUAUUUUUAGAUAUCCUUUAGUUUACACAGCUACAUCUUUAUAAUUUGAUUCACAAAGAAAAUAUUUCUCUGAUAAAAAAUUAAUUUUUUUAAAGAUUUGCCCUGAAACUCAAGUCCUUAGGUUAAAUUUUCUGUAUCUGAUUCAAUAGAUUAAGUGAUUGUGCUAAUUGUUUUGGCAAAAUGAUGUCCCUAUCAAGAAGUAGAUAUUUUUAAAAUGAAGAAUAAGGUAUAUAUUAUGGUAAAACUGUUUCAGAACAAGAAUCGAUCAAAAAGUAAAAUUAAAAAUAAAGAAUAAAACGUUAAAAAAAAAAA